GAAUGCGCUCGCGUUAGCGCCCUCGGCUACACCCCAGCUCAUCAUCAGUGGAUCGACGCCCAAGGUUGCGAUAGCCUGAAGUCAAAAUGCCACUCAAUGGAGCUAGUGCCGUCAGCAUGACGGGCCUCGCAGCACUUGCUGCGCAGCAGAAUGAGACGCUCGCCCGAAUAUUCGCAAAUAUUCGAAGCAGAGACGAGAAGGGCCGAUCAGAAGCAGGCAAAGAGUUGGGGCAGCAUGUCACCUCCCUUAUGACCGAGUUACGAGGCGAUGCACUUUCCGUCUUUAGCAAUGAUCUCAAUCGACGCAUCUUCGAGCUGACCCACAGCCCCCACAGCCAUGAAAAACUCGGUGGUAUCGUCGCCAUCGAGGCGCUCAUCGAUCUCGAAAGUGAAGAUAACAGCGCUCGGCUAUACAGAUUCUAUCAAUACCUCAAGCCGAAUUUGCCUUGCAAUGAUGCGGUUGUCAUGGUUGCCGCCGCCAAAGCCCUCGGCCGGGUCUCAAAAUUUGGAGGCCACUCCUUGGGUGAUCAAUUCAUCGAGUUCGAGGUACUGCGUGCCUUGGAUUUUCUGCAAGGCGGAGAUCGCGACCGCAACGAAUCUGCACGAUAUGCCGCGGUUCUCAUCAUCCGGGAAAUGGCAAAGAAUGUGCCGCAUCUCUUCCACGUCUACGUUAGCCGAUGCCUGGAUCGGAUAUGGGUCGCCCUGAGGGAUGCAAGAGUACUGGUUCGGGAAGGAGCGGCGGAGGCAUUAGGCGCCUGCCUGCAGAUCAUCGCCCAGCGCGAAAAGCAAAUGGGCACACAGGCGUACGAGAUGAUCUACGAGGAGGCAGAACGUGGCUUGAAGAUGGCGCCAACCGAAGUGAUCCACGGCUCGCUGCUGGCCAUCCAAGAGUUGCUGCAGCAUUCCAAAAUCUUCAUGCGAUCACGCUUCCAUCGAGCAUGCGAGAUGAUCUUCCGUCUCUACAAGCACCGCGACCUUCUUAUCAGACGUACCAUCACGAGUCUUGUCCCCGUCCUAGCCAACUAUGAUCCUCAGUAUUUUGCCGACAAGCUUCUCGGAUCUGUCAUGGCCAUGUUCACGGACCAGCUGCGCAAGGAGAAGGAGCGCACGCCACGCGAAGUCAACGCGCAGACAUUCGAGGCUAUGGGUCUCGUCACGGCGGCGAUGGGGAGCAGGAUGAAGUCGUACAUCGAGCAGAUCCUCGCUUGCGUCAAAGAGGGCUUGCAAAAUCGCGGCAAGAAGAAUUCAACGCCCGAGGGCCCUAUCUUUAUCUGCAUCGGCUAUCUCGCUACAGCCGUGGGGCCGCAUCUCACCAAGUACAUGCACGAGCUUCUGGACUUAAUGUUCGCCUGCGGACUCAGCACGGCUCUUGUGCAAGCUUUGGAGCGGCUCGUCAUAUCCGUGCCUCCGCUGCUUAGGAAUGUUCAAAACCGCUUAUUGGACCUGCUUUCCAUGACUCUCAUCGGAGAACCCUAUCGCCCGCUUGGAGCGCCCACUUCCCAGCGAGCGUUCGGAUUAAGCGGCAAGGACCCCGGGGUGCUGACAAAGCCAACGACCGAGAAGAAUGUGGACACGAUCACCGUCGCCAUCCGGACACUUGGUGAAUUCGACUUCAGCGGGCAUAUCCUCAGCGAGUUUGUUCGCAAUUGCACCCUGCCGUAUCUCGAAGACGACUACGCGGAAAUUCGACGUGCAGCUGCAGUCACCUGUGCGCACUUGUUCGUGCAGGAUCCAAUCUGCCAGCAGACGAGCAUGCACGCCAUCGAGGUCGUGAAUGAUGUGUUAGACAAGCUCAUGACUGUCGCCAUCGCCGACCCCGUCGCAUCCUUACGCGUCACUGUCUUGGGGGCCCUCGAUGAGCAUUUCGACAGACAUCUGGCACAGUCCGAAUACGUUCGCUCGCUCUUCAUUGCGUUGAACGACGAAGAGUUUGCCGUGCGGGAGAUGGCCAUCGUCAUCAUCGGCCGCUUGGCAAAGCACAAUCCAGCCUAUGUCAUGCCCUCGCUGCGGAAAUCGCUCAUUCAGCUCCUCACCGAGCUGGAAUACGCGAAUCAGAGCCGCUGCAAAGAAGAAGCUGCAAAACUGCUCACAGAAGUCGUUAAGGCGUCGCAAAAGCUCAUCAAAUCGUAUGCCUUGCCCAUGCUGGAGGUGCUACUGCCCAAGGCCAAGGAUCAGACGCCCGCUGUCGCAGCGCGCGUGAUUGAAUGCCUGGGAGAAUUGGCAAAGAUCGGCGGGGAGGAUCUGUCGCCGCAUGUGGAACAGCUCGUGCGGCUUGCCGUUGAGCAGCUGUCAUCGACAACUGGGCAGGGAUUGCAGUUGAAGCGUGACGCUGCACUUCGGACCCUGGGGUUGGUUGCUUCCAAUACAGGCCAUGUGGUCAAGCCAUACCUAGACCAUCGCGGCCUCCUCAGCACGAUCGUCAAAAUAAUGAAGAACGAGCAGAUGCCAGCUGUCCGGCGCGAGACGAUUCGAGUGAUGGGUAUCCUUGGAGCAUUGGACCCGUACCGAUACAAGCUACUUGAGAAGUCUCCAGAUGAGUCUGGAAGCCGUAUUGUGGAGAAUGGCGGUACGGAUCUGUUCGAGCUAUCGAUGGCCAUUGGCACCUCGUCGGAGGACUACUUCCAGAACGUUGCGAUCAAUGCGCUGAUCAACAUCCUUAAGGACCAGUCUCUUUCCACGCACCACCACGCCGUCAUUGAAGCGGUAAUGUAUAUGUUCAAGACGCAAGGUCUCAAGUGUGUUGCCUUCCUGCCACAGAUCGUCCCUGCUUUCCUGCAAGUCAUCCGGACUUGUAGUACCGGCCUAGCGGAGUUCUAUUACCAACAACUUGCGAUUCUGAUAUCCAUCAUCAAGCAGCACGUCCGAAAUUACUUGAAGGAUAUCUUUGCUCUCGUGCAAGAGAAUUGGAACCCAAAUUCGAGCAUUCAGUUGACGAUCGUUUCGCUUGUGGAGGCCGUCGCCAAGGCGCUUGAAGGAGAAUUCAAGAGCUACCUUCCUGUUCUCCUGCCCAACAUGCUGCAGACACUCGACGGGGAGAUCACGCCCAAACGGCAGCCGACGCUAUUGCGCAUUUUGCACGCAUUUUAUGUCUUCGGUUCGAGCAUUGAAGAGUACAUGCAUCUUGUCCUUCCGGUCAUGGUCAAGAUGUUCGAGCGAGCCGACGCAUCUACGGUCCUCCGUCGAGCGGCGAUCGUCACCGUAGGGCAGCUUUCGCGCAAAGUCAAUUUCUGCGACCAUGCGUCCCGAGUCAUUCAUCCGCUCAUUCGCGUUCUCAACGCCGGAGGACAGGAAGUGCGGAGCGCAGCGCUGGACACUCUUGCCGCUCUCGUCAUCCAGCUCGGACCCGCCUAUGCAAUCUUUGUCCCCGUCGUCGACAAGGUCCUCGUCCAGAAUGGUAUUCGGCAUAGUGUUUAUGAUCAACUGGUGGCGAAGCUGCUGAAUGGCGAACGUUUCCCCAAGGAGUUGAUUCCUGGUGCUGGAGCCCUGGACGACAAGGCGGAAGAGGCACCACUGGCCGAGUCUUCCAAGAUGACGGUCAAUCAGCAACACUUGAAGCAAGCCUGGGACACUUCCCGCAUCUCAACGCCGGACGACUGGAGAGAAUGGCUGCGCCGCAUGGCAGUCGAGUUCAUGCGCGAGUCCCCGUCUCAUGCAUUGCGAGCGUGUCGCAGUCUAGCUGAUGUCUAUCAGCCGCUCGCACACGAGCUUUUCAACGCCGCCUUUGUGUCAUGUUGGACAGAGCUCUACGAAAAGUACCAAGAGGAUCUUGUCCGGGCAAUCGAGGCUGCAUUCGAUGCACCAGAGAUCCCAGACCAGGUGGUGCACAUGCUCCUCAACUUGGCUGAAUUCAUGGAGCACGAUGACAAGGCCCUCCCGAUCAAUAUCCGCCUGCUUGGUGACCGCGCCUACAAGUUUCACUCGUACGCAAAGGCUCUGCAUUACAAGGAAGCUGAGUUUCUCAGUGAAACCUCACCGCAAAUUAUUGAGUCUCUCAUCGAUAUCAAUACAAAGUUAAGGCAGUCUGAUGCCGCGUUCGGGGCGCUCACCUAUGCAAGAGAGCACAUGGACAUCACGCAUCAUGAAGAGUGGUACGAGAAGCUACACCGAUGGGAGGAAGCGCUUGCUGCGUAUGAUCGCCGGUCACAAUCCGAUCCGGACUCGAUGGAUACUGCCUUUGGACGCAUGCGGUGCUUGCAUGCCCUUGGCGAGUGGGAGCAUCUGGCUGACGUCGUUCAGCAAAAGUGGGUCGACGCCACUUCCGAAGACAGAAGGCAGAUGGCGCCAUUAGCAGCUGCAGCAGCGUGGUCCAUGGGAGAAUGGGAUUUGAUGGACGAGUUCAUUGCUGCCAUGCGGUCGGAUUCAUCGGAACGCUCCUUCUUCCGCGCGAUCCUCUACGUGCAUCGAUCACAGCGGGCGCAGGCGAGCAAAAACAUUGGCCGGGCGCGAGACUCAUUGGAUCAAGAACUCACAACCCUCAUCAGCGAGAGCUACACACGCGCCUACGACCUUAUGGUUCGCACGCAGAUGCUCUCGGAAUUGGAGGAAGCUCUCUCCUACAAGCUAGACUAUCGGGACCAGCCUGAUCGUCAAGCAACGAUCCGCAGCACCUGGAUGAAGCGCUUGAAGGGUUGUCAGCCAGAAGUCGAGGUCUGGCAACGGAUUCUCUCAGUGCGAAGCGUCGUCCUCACCCCAGCAGACGAUACAGAAACUUGGAUCAAGUUUGCCAACCUUUGCCGGAAGUCAGGUCGCAUGGUUCUCGCAGAGAAGACCCUCAAUUCCCUCCUUGGCCCCGACACGCUGGUCUCUGAUCCAAGGUCAGCAACGGGUCCAAAGGCGCCACCGCCAGUCAUCUAUGCACAUUUGAAGUUCAUGUGGGCAAGCGGCGCGCGCGUGGAGAGUUUGAAUUACCUGAGGGACUUCACAGUCAACCUCUCCGAAGACCUCGGCCUGAAUGGCACCGAGAAUGGGAACUUGAGCAUGCAGAAUUGGCACUCUCACCCUCGCUUCGGCGAGUUCACUCGACUGCUCGCACGGUGCUACUUCAAGCAAGGUGAAUGGCAAGCGGUGCUCAAAGAGGACUGGGUCACCGACGACACUUGCGAUGUGAUCGACUCUUAUCGCCAUGCGACGGAGCUUGACCGCAACUGGUACAAGGCAUGGCACGCUUGGGCCUUGGCGAACUUUGACGUCAUCUCCCAUCACGAACGAAAGGGCGAUGCAGCACAGCUGAUGGCAGCGAGCAUCGUGCCAGCGGUCCAAGGCUUCUUCCGCUCCAUCGCUUUAGCACGGGGCAAUGCUUUGCAAGAUACCCUGCGCCUUCUCACACUAUGGUUCAAGUACGGAUAUCAGGAUCACGUCAGUGAUGCAGUCAGCGAAGGCUUCAGCUCUGUCAUCGUGGAUACAUGGCUCGAGGUCAUUCCGCAGAUUAUCGCCCGCAUCAACGCUCCCAGCCAAAAGGUCCGCAGACUCAUUCAUAUUCUGCUGUCAGAUGUCGGAGCUGCGCACCCCCAAGCUCUAGUGUACCCUCUGACCGUCGCUGCCAAGUCGCCCUCGCAUGCCCGCAUUCAAGCCGCCAUGGGUGUGAUGGACAACAUCCGAGAGCAUAGCCCGCUUCUCGUGGAACAAGCUUUGCUAGUAUCCAACGAGCUGAUUCGUGUGGCCAUCUUAUGGCACGAGCUAUGGCAUGAAGGCCUCGAAGAGGCUUCGCGUCUCUACUGGACCGAGCACAACAUUGAUGCAAUGUUUGCCACGCUGGAACCCUUGCAUGACAUGCUCGAGAAGGGUCCGGAGACCUUACGAGAGACAUCUUUCGCUCAAGCUCACGGGCGUGACCUCGCGGAGGCAAGGGAGUGCGGUCGUCGAUACCGACAAUAUGGAGACAUCAAUGAUCUUCACCAGGCUUGGGAAUUAUAUUAUCAUGUCUUCAAGCGCAUUUCCAAGCAGCUGCCAGCAACGAACUCUGUCCAGCUUGAUCUGCAGUACGUCUCGCCAAAGCUUCUCGCUCUUCGCGACUUGGAGCUGGCUGCACCAGGCACAUACGAGAGUGGACAGCCCAUCGUGCGCAUCACAAACUUUGAGCAGAUCGUUCUGGUCAUUUCUUCCAAGCAGCGACCAAGGCGAGUCAAGAUGCGGGGCAGUGAUGGUAGAACCUAUCAGUACCUGCUCAAAGGUCAUGAGGAUCUUCGUCAAGACGAGAGGGUCAUGCAGCUCUUUGGCUUGGUGAACACGCUUCUCUCUAUUGAUUCAGAGUCGUACAAGAGGCGAAUCGGCAUCCGGCGUUUCUCGGUUAUCCCCCUAUCUCCAAAUACGGGAAUGAUCGGCUGGGUCGAGAACACGGACACGCUGCACGUGCUGAUCAAGGAGUAUAGGGAGCAGCACAAGAUUCUGCUCAACAUCGAGCAUCGCCUGAUGUUGCAGAUGGCGCCUGACUAUGACAACUUGACGUUGAUGCAAAAGGUUGAAGUAUUUGAGUACGCACUGGACAACACGCCGGGGCAAGACCUGUACCGCGUCCUCUGGCUCAAAUCGCGCAGCUCGGAAGCCUGGCUGGAGCGGCGGACGGCGUACACGCGCUCGCUUGCGACUUCGUCGGUCGCCGGGUACAUUCUGGGUCUGGGAGAUCGUCAUCCUAGCAAUCUGCUGCUGGAUCGUCUCACGGGAGAAGUCAUUCACAUUGACUUUGGUGACUGCUUCGAAGUCGCUUGUCACCGUCCCAAAUUCCCAGAGAAGGUACCCUUCCGGCUGACGCGCAUGCUCGUUAACGCGAUGGAGGUAGGUGGCAUCAAGGGCACGUUCAAAGUGACGACGGAGAACGUGAUGCGUGUGCUGCGAGACAACAAGGAGAGUGUGCUGGCACUGCUGGAAGCCUUCGUGCACGACCCGCUGAUCAGCUGGCGUCUCGUAACGGACGACACUACGGAGCAGAAGGCACCGGACGCGCACGAGCACGAGGCCUCCGGCGCCCACCGCCUCAACCAGCCGGGCGACAUGCGCAACCAGCGCGCGCUCGAGGUCGUGCGGCGCAUCCAGAACAAGCUCAAUGGACGCGAUUUCAAUCCACAGGUCGCGCUCAGCGUGUCGGCGCAGAUGGACCGGUUGGUGCACGAAGCGACGUCAUUGUCGAACCUGUGCCAGUCAUUCAUUGGAUGGUGCGCCUUUUGGUGAUAUCGCACAUCUGACACAACCGAUGCCUAUGCGUCCAGACACAAACUUGAUA